AAACGGAAAGGACGGUGGGUGCAACUGGUAGAGAGAGAAAAGAAGUCUUUUUCUGCAUAAAGGAGUUCAACAACUUGAAGUACAAGUUGGUUCACGCUCUGGUGUGAAACCAACGUUACUGCUGUGACAUUCAGAGGAGAAAAAUACAAGUGGUUUCAUCUCAUUUUGCUCUCAAACCUCUGUUUUCGAAUGCAAAUUUUGGUGUUUACUGUGAUCCCUUCUUGGCCCGUAGCUGCAUCUUUUGAGCUGAGAGCAAUGGGGAGUUUGCUUUAUAUUUAAUUUGCGAUUUGGGAGAAAAAGUACAACAGUUCUUGACAGUUUUCAAGAUUGCAGAUGCUUCAAAUAUUUAUACGGUGUUUAAAACAGCCCAGUUACUAAAAUUGUAGUGCCUCAAUUUUCAACAAUUUUGUAAUGCAUUUUUCUAGUAUAAAGAGGAAAAAAAUGGCGUGACUGAACAAUUAAGAUUUGAUAAUACGUACAGUAACAUGGAAUCUAGAGUUGAUGAAUGGCACCAGUCUCGAUCACAGCCAGUGGUGCAGGACCAUUUGGAUGGCACACAUACCCAUAGAAGACUAGUUGACUUUAAUACAUCAGAAGUUAAACCUGUACUUAAUUACUCUAUACAGACAGGUGAAGAAUUUGCUCUUGAGUUUAUGAGAGAUAAGGUGAAUAUGAGUAAGCCUGUAUUAUCAAAUGUUAGUGAUUCGAAUUAUACCCCAGGUUAUAUGGAACUAAAAGGCAUUUUAGGUAUCAAACAUGCAGGAUCUGAAAGUGGAUCUGAUAUCUCUAUGUUCUCAAUGGCUGAGAAAUAUCCAAAAGAAUUUGAUACAACGAGUACAUCUUUACCUGGAGACAGAAUCAACUAUGGGUCUAUUCAAUCAAUGCCAAGAACUUCAUUGAAUCAGGAUAAUAGACAAUUUGUGCCUGGGUAUGGCUCUUUUGGAGCUUAUGAUAGAUCAAUGAUCAUUAAGUUUCUUUGCAGCUUUGGCGGUAAAAUAUUGCCACGACCAUGCGAUGGAAAUCUAAGGUAUGUUGGAGGCCAAACACGUAUUCUUCGACUAAGAAAGGACAUAUCUUGGCUGGAGCUCAUGCAGACAGCAUUUCAAAUCUAUAGUCAGGUUUAUGCAAUCAAGUAUCAGCUUCCUGGGGAAGAUCUUGAUGCUUUGGUAUCUGUGUCAUCUGAUGAGGAUUUGCAGAAUAUGAUGGAGGAAUGUAAUCAUCUACAAGAUAGGGAAGGAUCACAAAAACCUAGGAUGUUUUUGUUCUCAAUGAGUGAUUUGGAGGAUGCUCAAUUUGGUCUCAGCAGUAUGGGUGAUGAUUCUGAGAUUCAGUAUGUUGUUGCCGUUAAUGGCAUGGACUUAGGAUCAAGAAAAAACACUACAAUGAUUGGUGUCAGCGUUUCUGCAAAUGACAUAAAUGAAUUGAACAGGCAAAGUAUUGACAGGGAGACUAAUAAUAGAGUUGGUAUAGAAUGUAUUGUACAAGGAAAUCCUCCCCCAACUAACAAUUUUGACUCAUCAUUGGCUUCUCAAUUUUCACCAUCAGUGCUACCAACUUCCUCAAAUUCAUAUGAAAAGUAUCCACUGUUUUAUAGUGAUCAAAUGAUGUGCCAUGGCAAACUUAGUGAUCAAUACUUUAUUAAUGAAGGCCUUGAUCUUUGUCAUAAACCUGUUAUUGGAGAGACCCCGAUGAUUAUGCCUCCCCAUAUGCUUGUCAAUCAACAAGGGAUUUUAAAUGAAGGCCUUCCUCCUCGAGGAAUACAAGUACAAAAUUCAGAAAUACCAACAACAUUGGCAAACAAGAUGGUUACUAGUUCAAUUCCACAAGUAAGUGACCCUGGGAAAGUUUUGGCAUCAGAAUUACCAUCACCCGCUCCUGCUCAACUGCUUAAUGGUUACAUGAAAAAUAAUUUUCCUGAAGCAUCUGUUGUAGUUACUGUGUCAGAGGGGUUUCCAUUGCAUCCACCAAGCGUGAACAAGGGCCAAGAUUAUGAAGAAACUUCUUCUACAAGCAGUGCAUUUGGUCCUACUUAUGUUGAUUCCCACUCCAAUGCUUCUGACUUGAGUUCCCUUCAUCCUCCUCCUCUUCCUAAGAGAGUUUACUAUUCAGAGAGAAUUCCACGCGAACAAGUAGAGUUGCUGAACCGGUCCUCAAAAUCUGAUGAUACACACAGCUCUCAGUUUCAUGUUCCAGAUUUACUCUCUGAUAUCAACCCACCACAUUCAGUUACAGAAUCUGUUGACAAGUUGCAUGAUGGAAAUCUGUCUGAUCUAAAUGAGGAAUUAAGCAUCAUAGGAAAUCCGUUGCAUGCAAAUGUAUUUGCAGUUGAAAAUGGGAUUGUCAAUAAUCAAAUCUACAAACAGCCGCCUGAUGCAAACACUCAGAUAAAAUCAAAGCUAACUGAGCAUGUGAAUCCUGAGCUGAGGCAGGUAUUAUUGGACAAUGAAGGACACACAGAUGUGUUAAAUAAAGAUAAUGUUGUUGGGUUGGAAAUGAAAAUUAAUGGUAACAAUAGCUAUAACAAACCCCUGAUUGAUGAGACAAAAGCCAGUAAACCUGACUUGCAGAAUUUGCACCAGGUUUCUUCUGGUAAGAUUCUUAAUGAUCCUGCAUCCACUCUUCCAGAGGUUGACUGGGGUGAUACCUCUGUGAAAGAGUCUAAUGACAAUGUUAAUGUGCAAGCCUUACCUGUAUCUCUAAAUGGGAAUAUUGAUGAUGAUUCUGAAGAAUUUCCUUCUGAUGUCAUUAUGAACCAAGCACAUGGUGACAUCCUUAUUGAUAUUAAUGAUCGGUUUCCCCGUGAAUUUUUCACUGAUAUAUUCUCUAAAGCAGUACUUGAAGAAGACCCCUCUAGUUUCCAUCAAUUAACUUCAAAUGGAGUGGGCUUAAGCGUAAACAUGGAAAAUUGUGAUCCUAAACGAUGGUCGUAUUUUCAAAAAUUGGCUCAAGCAGGCACUGAUAAUGUGUCUCUUAUUGACCAAGAUCAUCUUGGGUUUGCACCUGCAAUAGGAAAAGUGGUUGGAGAUGAUAGAGCUCAACAUGUUACACCUUUAACAACUGAUGAAGUUUCUCUGAACCAUGCAGAGUCCCACCUUGAUUUUGUUGAAGAAAAUUUGCUUGGAAGAACUGGAGGAGAAAGAAAGUCUAACUAUGAUCAUUCCCAAGUGAAUGACAUUGAAAGCAUGCAAUUUGAUGCCAUGAUGGAAAACAUAAGAGCUCAAGAGUCAGAAUGCGAGGUUGGGAUGUUUGAAAAAAGGAAUAACAAUCUACAUCCUCCUGAUCCUUCUUUGGAAGAGAUUGAUACGAGUUCUUUGCAGGUCAUAAUGAAUGAUGAUCUUGAAGAGCUGAAGGAACUGGGUUCAGGUACCUUUGGCACCGUGUAUCAUGGAAAAUGGCGAGGAACAGAUGUUGCCAUCAAAAGAAUAAAAAAAAUCUGCUUCACUGGUCGAUCAUCUGAGCAAGAGAGACUGACUGUAGAAUUCUGGCGGGAAGCUGAUAUUCUUUCCAAGCUUCAUCAUCCAAAUGUGGUGGCAUUUUAUGGUGUAGUGGAGGAUGGACCCGGAGGAACAAUGGCUACUGUUACAGAGUACAUGGUGGAUGGUUCUCUUAGGCAUGUGUUACUUCGCAAGGAUAGGUAUCUUGAUUUUCGUAAGAGACUGAUAAUUGCGAUGGACGCAGCUUUUGGAAUGGAAUAUUUACACUCAAAAAAUAUUGUACACUUUGACCUAAAAUGUGACAAUUUGCUGGUGAACUUGAAAGAUCCUAUGCGGCCUAUUUGCAAGGUUGGGGAUUUUGGAUUAUCAAAAAUUAAAAGAAAUACCUUGGUUUCUGGUGGUGUGAGGGGGACUCUUCCUUGGAUGGCGCCAGAGCUUCUGAAUGGUAGCAGCAACAAGGUCUCAGAAAAGGUUGAUGUUUUCUCCUUUGGCAUAGUAUUAUGGGAGAUUCUAACCGGUGAGGAGCCAUAUGCCAAUAUGCACUAUGGUGCAAUCAUAGGUGGGAUUGUGAAUAACACAUUAAGACCAACAAUACCAAAUCAUUGUGAUUCUGAAUGGAGAACACUGAUGGAGCAGUGUUGGGCACCCAAUCCUGCGGCUAGGCCCUCCUUCACAGAAAUAGCUCGUCGAUUGCGCAUAAUGUCUGCAGCUGCUAAAUCAUCGGGCCAAAAAGCAUCUAGAUGAUGCUCAUGCUGAUACCAAUGUUGUCAUUGAUGAUUUUUCUUGGAUACUGCUGAAUUUAUUCAUUGAAUGGUACUCCAAAGUUGUAUUUCAUUACCAGGGGAAAUGCUAUCUGGUAUACUAAUAUUUUUUCGAUGAUUCAAUGGUUGUCUGAUUAAAUUUUUGUUGUA